AUGGAAGUAUUUGUACUCACGGAACUGAUGGCUCGGGGUGGUCGCCACUUCUGCAGAAUAGAAGACAAAGGAAGAUACGGGAACUUCAACUAUGUAGUCAUGACUCUUGUGGGGAAGUCACUGCAGGACUUGCGAAAGGCGCGUAAUCCUCAGUGUCUCAGCCUGGCUUGUUCGAUUUCUGUAGGUAUACAGUGCUUGGAGGCUCUUGAAGAUCUGCAUGGCAUCGGAUAUCUUCAUCGUGAUGUGAAACCUGGCAAUUAUACUAUAGGACGACCAGAACUGCAGGAGUUACGCAAAGUUUACAUCCUCGACUUCGGCAUUGGAAUAAUCAGGAAGCCCCGUGCAGCAGCUGGAUUUCGGGGCACGGUCCGUUACGCUCCUAUUUCGUGUCAUAUGCAAAGGGAAUUAUGUCGAAAAGACGAUGUUGAAACAUGGGUAUACCAACAAGUGGAACUUACAGUUGGAAGAGUUCCAUGGAGAGAAGUGCAAGAUAUGAAUCAGGUCGGUGAGUAUAAAAAGAGAUGUCGUCAACCACCAGGACUCUAUGAACUUUUUGCCCCACCAUGUCCUAAAGAAUUCAUUGAUAUACUUCAACUCGUAGACUCCUACAAAUACUAUGACCAGCCCAAUUACCAGCAAAUUUACUCACUUAUGAGGAGGGCUCUACAAAACUGCGGACAACCAGAGUUCCCGUAUGAUUGGGAAAGAUAG